CAAAAUUCAAUCAUCUCACGUACCGUCCCCUUUAAAGUGGGAAGGGGAUGAGUAUUUUCCCUCACUGUACCAUUCAGCAUUUCAGCUAAUGACACGAAGUGAGCGUUGAUCACCAUUUUGAUACAUUAAUGAUUUCGUUUCUCCGUUCAUUCGACGAUUAUUGCAUCAAGCGAUAUCAAAUCACCAAUCAAUCAUUAAAGAAGAAAUUAAGUAAAGACAAAUCACUAAUUAGCCACAAGUCUUCUUUACCUGCGGUGUGAGUUCGGGAGUUGCGGUGCUGCCGGCGACGGAACUCUCGUACCUUACGUCUCUUUCGCUUGAGCUUCGGUUCCAUAAUAAUAUUGGUUAUUUAUAAAAAUAAAAUUCUCGCCGUUUUUAAUUAUGAACCGGUUUACUGUUCCGGUCCGGUUCGGUUUUUAAAGCACGCUAAAACCUAAGCUUGCUCAUGUCUUCUCUUUCUCUCUCGUACACGCAAACACUUGUUCCGGUGGUCCCUCUCUCUUUCGCUUCAUCUUCAACAUUAGGUCUUCUCUGACUCUGUAGUCGUCACUGCUCAACGUCUUUGAGAGUUCAUACUGAGUAGUUUGGCUUUACGUCAACUCCUGUUCAAUUGAAUUCAGUUUCCCUUGGUAGGAUUUAUUGCCAGGCCUUGAGGUAAGCAACUUACCAACAUGGGAACACAACCCCAGCAAACAUUUUGGGAGGAAGAGGAUGAGGAGAUGCAAGGCCGUGGAACCACUAUCUCAGGUCAAUCAAUGUCAACAAGCAGAAGUUUGGGGUCUCCAUCCAGCCGGAGUGAACAGACAAUGGCAACACCUGCUAGUGAUAGCACUUUUCUUAGGUUAAACCAUCUUGACAUACAUGGUGAUGAUGCUGGAUCACAGGGUGCAGUUGCUAGCAAGAAGAAAAAGAGGGGCCAACGUGCUAUUGGAGGUGAUAAGAGUGGAAGAGGUCUCCGCCAAUUUAGUAUGAAAGUGUGUGAGAAGGUAGAAAGCAAGGGAAGAACAACUUACAAUGAGGUAGCUGAUGAACUUGUGGCUGAAUUUGCUGAUCCAAUCAAUGGUGUUUCAACUCCUGAUCAGCAACAAUAUGAUGAGAAAAACAUUCGUCGAAGGGUGUAUGAUGCUUUGAAUGUUCUCAUGGCAAUGGAUAUUAUUUCUAAGGAUAAAAAGGAAAUACAAUGGAAGGGUCUCCCUCGUACUAGUCUAAGUGAUAUGGAAGAGCUAAAGUCGGAGCGUCUUGGGCUAAGGAAUAGAAUUGAAAAGAAAGCAGCCUAUUUGCAAGAGCUGGAGGAGCAAUACAUAGGUCUUCAGAAACUUAUACAACGAAAUGAGCAACUAUAUAGCUCAGGAAAUGCUCCCAAUGGAGGUGUAUCUUUGCCCUUCAUUCUGGUGCAGACACGCCCCCAUGCAACUGUUGAAGUGGAAAUAUCAGAAGAUAUGCAGCUUGUGCAUUUUGAUUUCAAUAGCACUCCCUUUGAGUUGCAUGAUGAUAACUAUGUUCUCAAGGCAAUGAAACUUUGUGAGGGAUCUCAUAAUGAUAAUACAACAGACAAUCCUACAGAUGGUGGUGAAGGUUCUAGCAUAUAUGCACAGGUUCCUACUUCUGUUUCAAACCCUCCAAAUAGGCCUCCUUCAUCUCCACCACUCCCUGGAAUAUUGAAGGCAAGAGUUAAGAACGAGCAUUGAUAUGCAAUUUUGUACUGCAUUGCCUUAUUUAAGCAUGUUUGUAUAUUUUGUAAAGUAAUUUGUCAGUAAUUAAUUGUCCUUCAUAAUAGUUAAUCAGUACAGCCAAUUCACUCAGUAGGUUAGAAGCGAACCAGUAUGCAUGAGUCUAUAUUCUUCUGGGUUGAUUUUGGCAAAUUCUUUGCUAACCAUAUCCAUAUUUACUACCUUAAGACCUUAACUGAUUUUUUCCCCACAUUUUCUGUGUAUUAUUUGCCCUUUUGUACUUAUAAUAGAGAAAUUGGUUUGUACUAGCCCAUAGAGAUCAUGGAAUGUUAUACAUCAGCGUAGGAUUAAUUUUGGAUUUCACGGAUAUUUAGUGUAAAUUAUUCCGUCUUAUGUGUAAUAUGAAAAGGAUGGAACAUGUGAUUUUUGGUU